UUUGGCGGCGUUGUGCUUUGCGCGUGCGCGUCAACUGAAAUAGGAAUGCAGCGGUUGACGGCGCUCGCCUGUUCCUCAAAUUAAUUGUUAUUAUCGCUCCUACGUUUUUUUCCAGCCAAGAACCUCAAAAGUAGCAUACAUGGAGCUUAGGCCCCCCUUUUUUGAAAUGCUAAAGCGACCCUGUGCGGUUUGUAUGUUUGACCCCGGUGUGGGUUAAGGUGUCACUUCAGAAAGGCUUCCUCUUUCUCCAGCCAUAAAGUGACCAGCUUGCAGCAUGAGACAGAGGUAUGUUCUCUUGUGUCUGGCAGGAAGUACAUGAGUAGGAGUGGGAUCGGGAGGAUGCAGCAGGAAAGGUAGUGCACUCCUGUUGAAUUCCACUAUCUCUGAGGUGAUGGUUUUGAGGGAUCCUUUUCCAAUUGUGUUUGAAGUCUGAACAGCAUCAGUGAGUGACCUGAGAAAUAUAGCCAUGGCUGGGCCAGGCAGGCGAAUCAGAACACUCCCUACGGAUCUGAAUAAGGUCUGCCCUGAUGAAGGAGAUGGCUAUCCUGUGUAUCCUAGGAGCUACUAUGACCUUGAUGUGGUCCCUAAUCUCAGACGAAGUAACAGCGCCUUUAGUAAGAACAAGAAGAGGGCUCAUUUUAACUCUGGUGCCAAUGAAAAGGAAAAUCUCAGCACAUGGAUCCCUGAAAACAUACGGAAAAAAGAAUGUGUCUAUUUUAUUGAAGGUUCCCAAAUGUCAGAUUCUGGGAAAGUAGUGUGUGAGUGUGGCUAUCUCAGGGAGCAGCACUUGGAGGAGGCCAUAAAGCCUACCAUGUUUCAGGGGAAAGAAUGGGAUCCCAGAAGACAUGUCCAGGAAGUGCCAACAGAUGCUUUUGGGGAUCUCAGCUUCACAACCGUGGGGCAGAAAGCAGGGAAGUUUGUGCGUGUCUCCUCUAAUACCCCCCCAAGCGUAAUUUACCAGCUGAUGACGCAGCACUGGGGACUUGAUAUACCCAACCUCUUAAUAUCUGUGACAGGAGGAGCUAAAAACUUCAACAUGAAGCUGAGACUGAAAAACAUAUUCCGGAGGGGGCUUGUUAAAGUAGCGCAGACAACAGGUGCCUGGAUCAUCACUGGUGGUUCUCAUGCUGGCGUGAUGAAGCAAGUUGGAGAAGCAGUACGGGACUUCAGCAUGAGCAGCAACUAUAAAGGAGAGAUUAUCACCAUUGGCAUUGCAACAUGGGGGACAGUACACAACCGGAGUAGCCUCAUCUGCCCUAUGGGUAGCUUCCCGGCUGAAUAUGUGCUGGAUGAGGAGACUCAAGGGAACCUCUCUUGCCUGGACAGUAAUCACUCACACUUCAUCCUAGUCGAUGAUGGGACACAUGGGAAAUAUGGUGUGGAGAUCCCCUUGAGGACCAGACUUGAGAAGUUCAUUUCGGAGCAAACGAAGGUGAAAGAAGGAGUUGCCAUUAAAAUACCAAUCGUUUGUGUAGUACUCGAGGGUGGCCCUGGGACUCUUGAUACCAUCUACAAUGCAAUUACCAAUGGCACCCCCUGUGUGAUUGUGGAAGGCUCAGGACGGGUGGCUGAUGUCAUUGCUCAAGUGGCUAAUCUGCCCAUCUCCCAAAUAAGCAUCUCCCUCAUUCAGAAAAAACUGAGCAUAUUCUUCAAAGAGAGCUAUGAGCAGUUUACUGAGAGUAAGAUUGUGGAAUGGACCAAAAAGAUCCAAGAUAUUGUGCGCAACAGGCAGCUCUUGACCAUCUUCAGGGAAGGCAAAGAUGGACAACAGGAUGUCGAUGUAGCCAUUCUUCAAGCAAUGCUCAAAGCCUCUCGAUACAGAGAUCACUUAGGCCAUGAAAACUGGGACCACCAGCUGAAGCUUGCAGUGGCAUGGAACAGGGUGGAUAUUGCCCGGAGUGAGAUUUUCACUGAUGAUCAUGAGUGGAAGCCCUCUGAUCUGCACCCAAUGAUGGCUGCUGCCCUCAUAGCCAACAAGCCAGAUUUUGUCAAGCUGUUUCUUGAGCAAGGUGUGCGCCUGAAGGAGUUUGUUACCUGGGACACCCUGAUCUACCUCUAUGAAAACAUGGCAAACUCCAGCGUCUUCCACACAAAGCUACAGAAGGUGUUAAUGGAAGAGAAGGAGCGCUCAGCUUUCUCCAAAGUGCCAAGAGUCCAAAUGCACCAUGUGUCCCAGGUGCUGAGGGAGCUGUUGGGAGAUUUCACUCAGCAGCUCUACCCUAAGCCGAAGAACACUGAGAGACAUCGGCUCUCUAUCGCUGUGCCCCAUAUCAAGCUCAAUGUACAAGGGGUUAGUCUCCGAUCCCUGUACAAGCGUUCUGCUGGCCGAGUCACAUUCACAAUGGAUCCCAUUAGGGACUUGCUCAUUUGGGCAAUUGUCCAAAACCGCAAGGAACUGGCUGACAUCAUCUGGACCCAGAGCCAGGACUGCACUGCAGCAGCUUUGGCUUGCAGCAAGAUACUGAAGGAGCUGUCCAAGGAGGAAGAUGACACUGACAGCACAGAGGAAAUGCUGAGCCUGGCAGAGGAGUAUGAGUACCGAGCCAUUGGUGUCUUCACUGAAUGUUACCGGAAGGAUGAAGAAAGAGCCCAAAAACUGUUGAUCCGCAUAUCUGAUGCUUGGGGGAAGACCACCUGCUUACAACUAGCCCUGGAGGCCAAAAAUAUGAAAUUUGUGUCUUAUGGGGGCAUCCAGGCUUUCUUAACCAAAGUUUGGUGGGGGAAGCUGAGUGUCGAUAAUGGGAUAUGUCGGGUCAUCAUGUCUAUGCUGUUCUUCCCCCUUCUCUACACUGGCCUCAUCACAUUCAGAGAGAAGAGGCUGCAGCCUAUGACUUGCCUGAACCGCUUCCGAGCCUUCUUUACAGCUCCUGUCGUCAUCUUCCACCUCAAUAUCCUUUCCUACUUCACCUUCCUUUGGCUCUUUGCCUACGUGUUGAUGAUAGAUUUCCAGCCAACUCCAUCCUGGCGGGAGUAUGUCAUCUAUUUCUGGCUCUUCUCCUUGGUGUGCGAGGAGACACGGCAGCUUUUUUAUGACCCAGAUGGGUUUGGCUUAGUGAAAAUGGCUUCCUUGUACCUCAACGAUUUCUGGAAUAAAUUAGAUGUGUGUGCCAUCCUAAUAUUUAUAGCUGGGCUAAGCUGCAGAUGGAUUCCAGCCACUUUAUAUCCUGGAAGGAUCAUUCUGUCUCUGGCUUUUAUUAUUUUUUGCCUGCGUUUGAUGCACAUAUUCACAGUCAGUAAAACUCUAGGUCCCAAGAUCAUCAUAGUGAAGAGGAUGAUGAAGGAUGUCUUUUUCUUCCUCUUCCUCUUGGCUGUUUGGGUUGUGUCCUUCGGAGUUGCCAAGCAAGCCAUCUUGAUCCACAAUGAGAAGCGUGUGGACUGGAUCUUCCGAGGCGUUGUUUACCAUUCUUAUUUGACAAUAUUUGGACAGAUCCCUUCCUAUAUCGAUGGAGUGAACUUCAACCCGGAUCAGUGCAGCCCAAAUGGUACUGACCCAUACAAGCCCAAGUGCCCAGAAAACAAUGAGACAAAUCAACAGCCCAUCUUCCCUGAGUGGUUGACGGUCAUCUUGCUCUGCCUGUACCUGCUGUUCACCAACAUCCUUCUCCUCAAUCUCCUCAUUGCAAUGUUCAACUACACAUUUCAGCAGGUGCAGGAGCACACCGAUCAAAUCUGGAAGUUUCAGCGCCAUGACCUGAUUGAGGAGUACCAUGGCAGGCCCCCUGCGCCACCACCCUUCAUUCUUCUCAACCACCUUCAGCUCUUCAUCAAGCGGGUCAUUCUCCGGAAGCCAGCCACACGGCAUAAGCAACUCAAAGAGAAGCUUGAGAAGAAUGAAGAGGCAGCUCUCUUGUCCUGGGAGAUGUACAUGAAGGAAAACUACCUGCAGAUUCAACAGUCCCAACAGAAGCAGAACACUGAACAGAAGAUCAGCGACACUGCAGAAAGAAUGGAUAUGCUGGUAGAAAUGCUGGACCUCGAUCGAGUGAAAAGGACAGGCCUGGUGGAGCAGAAGUUGGCGUAUCUGGAAGAGCAGAUGUUCCAGUUUUCAAAGGCACUGCGGUGGGUGGUUCACUCACUCUCAAGCAGUGGGUUUGGAUCAGAAGAAGAUGUCCCCACCAUAGUUCCUAGCAGAGCCCCUGAGAUGAAGGAAUGCCAUGAAGAGGAUGUCCCAGAAUCUUUUGACACCAUAUAUCAUGUGAGCGCCAGGAACCUCAUGUAUCCCAGCUCCACUGCUGUCUGCUUUCCUGUACCAGAUGAGAAGGUGCCUUGGGAGGUAGAGUUUGAGAUCUACAACCCUCCCUUCUACAGUGCAGAAAGGCAGGAGAAUGCUUCACCUGACUUCCUGAAAGACUCUUUAGAGAAUCUUUCAAGGAUAAACUUCAACAGUAUGGAUGGAGAUAUCAACAGACAGAGCUUCCAUGGCACCUAUCUUAUUGAGGACGGCCUGCCACUGAAUCCCAUGGGAAGGACAGGCCUGAAGGGCCAAGGUAUUCUUCGGUUCUUUGGACCAAAUCAUGCUCUUCACCCUGUUGUGACACGCUGGAGGAGGAAUGUGGAUGGAUCCAUUUAUAGAAAAAGCUUAAAGAAAAUGCUGGAAGUCUUAAUAGUAAAAUUCCCCUUUUCGGAUCAUUGGGCUUUGCCUGGGGGAUCUUUAGAGCCAGGGGAAGCUUUGCCACAGAAGCUGAAGCGGAUCCUAAGACGGGAAUUCUGGCCACAAUUUCAGAAAUUGCUGAAUCAGGGUACAGAGGUAUACAAAGGAUACGUGGAUGACCCCAGGAACACAGACAAUGCCUGGAUAGAAACGGUGGCCAUUAGUGUGCACUUUGAAGAGCAUAAUGAUGUGGAGAUGAAGCGUAUGAAUUCGUUUCUCCAGGGCUGUGAUCUGGAGGCGACCGUCCGGUGGCAGGUUGUGGAUAAGAGAAUCCCGCUUUAUGUGAACCACAAAGAACUCCUGCAGAAAGCAUGUGUCCUCCUGGGGGCAUACUACUGAGGACACAGGACCGUCACCCUUAGUCUUCCUCCCAUUUCUCUCUCAGCUCUUUCGAAAUGCAGCAAAACCUGACUGA